UGUGUUUUCUGACCAGCCGCAGGUGGCCUACAUUCAGCAGGAUGGUACUACGCAACAGCUGACGGUGUUGUUGCCCAGUGGCCAGAACAUGAACGCUGCCAACCUUCAUGUCCUCAGUAACGUGGCCGAGGCCCCUCAGGUCCUCCUGGAGCCAGUCACACAGGGUCAGCUGUCCAGUUCCCUCCCCUCCAUGGCUGGGAUGGUUGACCCCUCCUCCAGCCCCCUGGGGGCCACAUCCACUGAGGACUCUGACGAAGAGGAUGAUGACGAAGAUGACUCGGACCUAGAUGACUGGGAGCCUAGCGCGCCACAGGCCUUCACACCACACAACCUCUGGUGUGAGGAAUGUAACAUGUCCAACCCAUCGGUGUGUAUGAAGCACGGUGCCCUUCACCCCAUCCCUAACCGUCCAGUGGUGUCCCGGGCGCGGGCCAGCCUCCCCCUCGUUCUCUACAUAGACCGCUUCCGGGGAGUCUUCUCCAAGAGACGGAUCCCCAAGAGGACCCAGUUCGGCCCCGUGGAGGGACCCCUGGUCAGACAGGGACAACUUCACGACCACUACAUCCACCUCAAGCUGUGCAUGCUGGAUGCAGACAAGGACAUGGAGAAGUCUGAUGACAUGUGGGUGGACCUGUCCGACGAGGACAUCUGUAAUUGGCUGAUGUUUGUUCGUCCCGCCCAGAACCACCUGGAACAGAACCUGGUAGCCUAUCAGUACGGCUCUGAAAUCUUCUACACAACCAUCAAGAACAUCCAGCCCAAACAGGAACUGAAGGUGUGGUACGCGGCAUCCUAUGCCGAGUUUGUCAAUCAGAAGAUCCACGAUGUCACGGAUGAGGAGAGGAAAGUGUUACGCGAGCAGGAGAAGAAUUGGCCGUGUUAUGAGUGUAACAGACGCUUCAUGAGUUCAGAACAGCUACAGCAGCACCUCAACAUGCACGAUGACAAGCUGGACUACGUCACCAGACCGAAGGGGCGUGCUCGUGGGCGUGGCAGGAAGAGGUUUGGGACAGGAAGGAGACCGGGCCGCCCCCCUAAAUUCAUCCGGUUGGACCCUUCGAUCGCCACGGCAGGGGACAAGACACCGAAUGCGGCCCUUCAGCACCUGUUCAUCAGGAAAUCGCUCCGGCCCUUUAAGUGUACCCACUGUGGAAAAGCCUUCAGAGAUCAGGACAAGCUAGAGAACCACCUAAGAGUCCACGGCCGUGACGCCUACCUCUCGUGUCAUCACUGCAAUAAGGGUUUCCUGUCCCACGGUGCGUUGGAGGACCAUCUUCUUCUUCACUCAGAACACCGGACCUACUCCUGUCUGUUCUGCACCGACACCUUUGAUCGUUUGGACCUGCUGAAAGAGCAUGUGGGCGGGCAUGCUGUGAACGGGCGCUUCACAUGCCCUUCCUGCAAGAAGGUCUUCACAGACUUCAUACAGGUGAAGAAGCAUGUUCGUAGCUUCCACUCUGAGAAGAUCUUUCAGUGUUCAGACUGUGACAAGGCGUUCUGCAGACCUGACAAGCUACGGCUCCACAUGUUGCGGCACAGCGACCGCAAAGACUUCCUCUGCUCCACCUGUGGAAAGCAGUUUAAGCGUAAGGAUAAACUGAGAGAGCACAUGCAGCGGAUGCACAACCCAGAGCGUGAGGCUAAGAAGGCUGACCGUAUCCAUCGCUCCAAGGCCCUGAAGCAGAAGGUUCCCACCACAGACUUGGAGAGCUUCAUGUUUAAAUGUCGCAUGUGUAUGAUGGGUUUUAGACGUCGAGGUAUGCUGGUGAACCAUCUAUCUAAGCGUCACCCUGAGAUGCGUAUAGAGGAAGUUCCUGAGCUCACGCUGCCCAUCAUCAAACCCAACAGAGACUACUUCUGCCAGUACUGUGACAAGGUGUAUAAGUCGGCCAGUAAGCGAAAGGCUCACAUACUGAAGAACCACCCUGGGGCGGAGCUACCCCCCAGCAUCAGGAAGCUCCGCCCAGCCGUUCCCGGGGAACCCGACCCCAUGCUGAGCACGCACACGCAGCUGACCGGAACCAUCGCCACCGCUCCCGUUUGCUGCCCGCAUUGUGCCAAGCAGUACAGUAGCAAGACUAAGAUGGUGCAGCACAUCCGUAAGAAGCACCCAGAGUACGCCCAGCUAGCCAACACCAUCCAGGCUCCCCUCACCACUGCAGUCAUCUGCUCUGCCCCUGCUGUCAUCACCACUGACGGUACCACUUCUGAGGCUGUGGUGACGACAGACCUGCUGACCCAGGCGAUGACGGAGUUGUCCCAGACCCUCACCACAGACUACCGCGCUGGGGAUUACCAGAGGAUUCAAUAUAUACCAGUCAGCCAAUCAGGAGGAGGGAUCAACCAGCCUCAACACAUACAGUUACAGGUGGUCCAAGUUCAGGCGGGCUCUCCCCACUCCCAGCAUUCCACCGUGGAUGUUUCCCAGCUCCAUGAUCCCCAUGGUUACAGCCAACACUCCAUACAGGUGCAACACAUACAGGUGUCAGAGGCAGGACAGCACACGCAGGGUCAGCCUCUUAGCCCUUCCUCCCAGGUGGCCCAGGAGUUAAGCCCCGCCCAGCUGACACCUGUGACCCUGGCCCAGAGUCACGCCCUCCAGACGUCAUCCAAUCAGCAGGGCUCUGUGCAGCACGCCUACAUCCCCGGCAACUGGAACUACCGAGGAUACCCCUCCGAGAUCCAGAUGAUGGCGCUGCCUCAUACCCAGUACGUGAUCGCUGAGGCCAGCACUCCUGUCACAGGGGUCAACAGUGCUGGGGUGAAGACGACCCACUAUGUGAUUUCGGAGGACCAGUCUGAGUUGGAGUCUAAACAGGCCAGCGGCCCCCAGAGCUCGGCCCAGACCCACCUGGACGACCAGUCCUCGUCCCAGCAGCCCACCACCCAGUACAUCAUCACCACCACUACCAACGGCACUGGGGCCCCCGAACUGCACAUCACCAAACCUUGACCCCUAAUGACUGACCCAGGGACAGCUGUUUCUCCGCGGUGAGAUGGACUGGUCUAGGAUCGACCUGUACAUUAGUUCAAUUACUCUUUGGAGACAUAAGGACUGGUCACAGACCUGUCUGCAUGCAGCCCCCGACCCCAUAUAGACACUAACAAUGAACACACACACACACACACACAGUACACACACACACACACAGUACACACACACACACACACACACACACA